AUGAUUCCAAUAGCAAGCCCACUAGCUUCCGAUUCCGUUGAGGAGAUGAUAGCUAGACUAGUAACUGAGCAGGCAGAAAGAGGCACCCUAUCCUCAGGAAUUAAGAAAUGCCAGAAGUGCGUUCUAGAAGGAUCAAAAGGCUUAUUGGUCUUGACAGCAGAUACAACACCCAUGGAUUUAAUCACACAUCUACCUGCACUCUGUGAAGACAGAGGCAUCAAGUACAUUUUUGUCAGAAAGAAGUCUUCCAUUCCAAACAGGUUCACUUGUGUUUUUCUUGAAAUGGAUGGAAGCGACACAUUGAACAGAAUCCUGGAAACGCUUGUGUGA